AUGGCAGACUCGGAACCGGUGGCCGUUGUAUGCAUCGGCAUGGCCGGGUCGGGUAAGACGACAUUCAUGCAGCGUAUUAACGCGCACCUGCAUGCGCAGCGCGAGCCUCCCUACGUCAUCAACCUCGAUCCCGCCGUGCUCACCGUGCCCUUCGAGAGCAACAUCGACAUCCGAGACUCGGUCAACUACAAGGAGGUCAUGAAGCAGUACAACCUCGGCCCCAACGGCGGCAUCUUGACGUCCUUGAAUCUCUUCUCUACCAAGGUCGACCAGAUCCUCAAGCUGCUCGAGAAGCGAACGGGCCCGGAUCCUGAGAAUCCCGGCAAGAAGAUCAUUAAAAACGUGCUCGUCGAUACACCCGGACAGAUCGAGGUCUUUGUGUGGUCUGCCUCAGGCCAGAUCCUCCUCGAGUCCCUCGCCUCGACCUUCCCGACCGUCAUCGCCUACAUCAUCGACACGCCACGCACCGCCUCGACGAGCACCUUUAUGAGCAACAUGCUGUACGCAUGCUCCAUCUUGUACAAGACGAAGCUCCCCAUGAUUCUAGUUUUUAACAAGACCGAUAUCAAAGACGCUAGCUUCGCUAAAGAGUGGAUGACGGACUUCGAGGCUUUCCAGGCGGCGCUGGCGGGCGACGAGGCCGCUAACGCAUUCGGUGGCGUCGAGGGCGAGGGUUCCGGCAGCGGUUACAUGAGUAGCCUGCUCAACUCGAUGAGCCUCAUGCUCGAGGAGUUCUACGCACACCUCAGCGUCGUCGGCGUCUCGUCGAUGACGGGCCAGGGCGUCGACGACUUCUUCGCCGCCGUCCGGGAGAAGGCGGACGAGUUCCGGCGCGACUACCGGCCCGAGCUCGAGCGCAAGCGGAAGGAGCGCGAGAGCCAGAAGCACAAGCUCCGCGAGAAGGAACUCGACAAGAUGAUGAAGGGCAUGUCGAUGGGUUCGGGCGGCGGGCGGCGCACCGACAAGCUGCCGCAGCCGCCCCGGGACGACGACGACGACGAAGAGGACGAAGAGGACGAGGACAUGGAGGACGAGGGCGCGGAAGACUACGCCGACGUGGACGACGAGUACGACCGCGAGGGCCUGCAGGCGAGGUACGCGGCCGCCAUGGAGGCCAGCGCCGACUCGACGAUGGACGAGGCCAGCUUCGCCAAGUAUAUACAUAUGCAGAGAAAGGGGUAA